AAAAAGAAAAGUGAGGUAAGUUCUCUUUUGCAGGCAAAUCUGUUUGAUGAUAGAUAGAUAGAUAGAUAGAUAGAUAGAUAGAUAGAAAGAUAGAUAGAUGCUACAGAGAGUAAUAGAUAAAGAGAUGGAUGGAAACAAAAAGAGAUAAAGAGAUUGAUGGAGCGAUGGAUGGAUAACGUGAGAUAAAGAGAUGGAUGGAUACAGAGAGAUAAAGAGAUGGAUGGAUAGAUACAGAGAGAGAUGAAUGGAUGGAUGGAUACAGAGAAAGAUAAAGACAUGGGUGAUCGAUACAUAGAGAUAAAGAGAUGGAUGGGUACAGAGAGAGAUAAAGGGAUAGAUGGAUAGAUACAGAGAGAUAAAGAGAUAGAUGAUGGAUACAGAGAGAUAAAGAGAUAGAUGAUGGAUACAGAGAGAUAAAGAGAUGGAUGGAUGGAUAGAUUGAUACACAGAGAAAAAAGAGAUGGAUGGAUGGAUACAGAGAGAGAUAAAGAGAUGGAUGAUGGGUACAGAGAGAGAUAAAGAGAUGGAUGGAUGGAUGGAUACAAAGAGAGAUAAAGAGAUGGAUGAUGGGUACAGAGAGAGAUAAAGAGAUGGAUGGAUGGAUACAGAAACAUAAAGAGAUAGAUGAUGGAUGGAUAUAGAGAGAUAAAGAGAUGGAUGGAUACAGAGAGAUAAAGAGAUGGAAGGAUGGAUGGAUGAAUGGAUGGAUACAGAGAGAUAAAGAGAUGGAAGGAUGGAUGAAUGGAUACAGAGAGAGAUAAAGAGAUGGAUGAAUGGAUCAAUGGAUGGAUGUAUACAGAGAGAGAUAAAGAGAUAGAUGAUGGAUGGAUACAGAGAGAUAAAGAGGUAGAUGAGUGAUGGAUACAGAGAGAUAACAAAAUUGGAUGGAUGGAUACAGAGAGAUAAAGAGAUGGAUGAUGGAUGGAUACAGAGAGAUAAUGAGAUGGAAGGAUGGAUGAAUGGAUGGAUGGAUACAGAGAGAGAUAAAGAGAUAGAUGAUGGAUGGAUACAGAGAGAGAUAAAGAGAUAGAUGAUGUAUGGAUACAGAGAGAUAAACAGAUGGAAGGAUGGAUGAAUUGAUGGAUGGAUAAAUAGAUAGAUGGAUGGAUACAGAGAGUUAAAAAGAUUGAUGAUGCAUACAGAGAGAGAUAAUGAGAUGGGUGGAUGAAUGGAUGGAUAAAUGGAUACAGAGAGAUAAAGAGAUGGAAGGAUGGAUGAAUGGAUGGUUACAGAGAGAGCUAAAGAGAUGGAUGGAUGGGUACAUAGAGAGCUAAAGAGAUGGAUGGAUGGAUGGAUAAAGAGAGAUAAAGAGAUGGAUGGAUGGAUACAGAGAGAGAUAAAGAGAUGGAUGGAUGGAUACAGGGAGAUAAAGAGAUGGAUGGAUGGAUACAGAGAGAGAUAAAGAGAUGGAUGGAUGGAUGGAUACAGAGAGAUAAAGAGAUGGUUACGUAGAUAAAACCAGGUCAGUGAUUGAUUUGUAUCUGGUAUCGGUAAAGUAAGAGAGGUUGUUGGACCCUGGUUGUCAUUUGCCCCGUUGACCUCUGUCUAUUAACACAUCAGCCACCAUGUAAAAUGAUCGUAACUACAGGCUGAACCAAAACACGACUUUACCAAACCGGUGACAUACAUUUUAAGGUUUAUUCACUGAUAGUGAGUUUUGCGUCUAAUAUAACGGAGUCUUCUGUAAAUGUUUUAAUUCCACUUUUUGGUUUAAAUUGUGCAAAUUGUUUUGCUUUUGUUUUAUCUCAACACUGUUCCUUGUUUAAUGAAUAAAUAAUUUUGUCAGCCAUGGAGAGGGAGCGAGGCCAACUCACUGGGUAACAACAGUUAAAAUUCUCCUGAUUAUCAGGGAGAGUUAACAAACAUUAACUAUGACAGAUCAUCCAGACACGAGGGACCGGGCUUUAAUCCCCCCCAGAAGGUCCAGACUCACCAAGAUUCACCUUCCGGCAGUGAAAUAGCCCUUACACAAAAUGCUGGAUGUAGAUUUAAUAUGCUUCAAACUCCCUGUGGUGGGUUUGGAGAAUUUUCCUGGGUCCCCCUGGGUACCUGGGUAAGACUGGGAAUACACAAAUAUAGUAUAAGUGGAGCUCUAAUGUACCUGAGUAAUAUAAUUGGAGAUGAAUGCACUUUGUGCAAUCUUUUACAGAAACCUGUAAACAAUAUAUGACAGAAUCCUAGCGCAGAUGGUAUAUACAAUAAUAAAUGAGUAUAGAUGUAGCAAUUUCCAACUCACAAGUAGAGAGCCAAUCAGUCACCUGGCUCUAGUGUGUAGCGCUCUUGGAUCCUUAAGGGAGAUCCACAACUCUCUUCUGUCAUCUUCCCAAAUUGGUCAGCAGGGAUAAAUAGGAGGACAUCAAUGGUGUAAAAUAAUGAAUAAAUUCAUUUCUAAAAUUUAAAUAGAAUAAAAACUGAUCCAAUGAUCAAAAAUACUUGUAAAUGAAUAAGGUCUUUAGUCCAAAACGCAUUUCGCCAUCAGCUGGCUUCCUCGGUUGGUGGAUACCAUCUUGAUUUCGGCAUCUGUGUGCCCGGAAGUGUCCUGGAGGGAACGCACGUUCCGCCCUGUGGAACGCACGUUCCGUUCGUUAGGUGAUCACAUGGUCUGAUGCGACUUCCUCUCUCUGUGGAACGCAAAUAUGUCGAGGCCCCUGCGCUCUGCCGUAGACCUACAUUUAUCCUCCGUCCGUACUCCCACCUCUGAUGCUCGCCUUCAAGACUUCUCCAGGGCUGCACCUAUUUUGUGGAACUUCUUUCCCUUCUCCAUUAGACUUUCACCAAGUCUCCACUCCUUCAAAAAAAUCAUUGAAAACUCACUAUUAUAGGAAAGCGUAUCAUUUAAACUGUUAGCAGAUUUUUCAUCCCCCACCCCUCCCAUGACUCCUCUCCUGCAGCUGUCAAAAAUAACCUACUAAGCCCUCAGUGAUUACUUUUCUAGCAACCUACAUCGUUACCCUUACUUAUAGUGGCAACCAUUGUGGUGACGUAACCUGUAUAGAGGAAAAAGUCGGUUGAUGUGUUCCUGAACCGAUGUAUUCGGUAGGCUGGUAAAUAAAGUGGGCAAAAAGCAGAAGUAUCAUGCCAAAGAAUAUUUAUUAAUACACAGACCAUAAUGCAAAGGGAUAUACCUCAAGAUUACAUUUUCUCAAAAACCCUCUGUAUUUCUUGAACAGGUUGAGGUAUGUAUACUGAGAAAGCAGCUGACUUCCAUCAACCUAAUGAUUUGAUAACAUGGACUGGUAUGUCCUGACUGGAUGCAGUAGAAGCAGGCCCUAUCCUGAAGGAGUGUCCUGAAUAUCUACUAGAAUUCAAACCCAGUCUAGUUAGUGACACUCAUACGUACAGCAUGAAAGUGGUCAGGACGGCCCCAUGGAGUGACAGAAAAGGUGUGUCUGAUUGCGUUGGUAGUGUAAGGUGAUAAGAAUCCAGAACCUUUCACUGGUCCCCAUUUGUUUCGCGGAGGGUAAUAUGCGUUCUGAACUGGCUGACCCAGUUGGCUCAUUUUAGUAACAGGUAAUGAUAGGACAUCUUGGUGUUUUACUAGAUAGGCGCGUCUGAGGCAUUCUUGGGAGUUAUGUUUAUUAUGGAUGGUGAAUUCUUGUGGUCUAAGAAACCCAUAAUAAGCUAGGUAUAUUGCCAUUUUAAUAACUGAAUUAGUGAUGUGUUCAAAAGGGGCUCUGUCUAGCAAAUCUAACAUAUCUUUAAAUAAUUGUUUAUGAAUGGGUAACCUUUGAUGUGGGGUAGGACCGCUGGCCUUAUGUAUGUGUUUAAGUAUGGUCUUAAUUGGAUAAGAAGAAAGAAAACUGGGGUUGUCUGGGAAUAAUAAAUACGGGUUGUCUGGGAAUAAAUAAAUAAUAAAUAUUAUGCUGAAUGCUGGUUAAGUAGUAUAUGAUGGUAUUGUGGGAUAAUUUUAACCUGAAGUGGCAAAAAGUAGCUACCAAAGACGUAAUGUCAAACAUCUUAUCCAGUUCAUGCUCUAACAGGAAUUUCCUAUAUAAUGAGAAAGCCUUAUUGUAGGAUCGGUGAGUGUUUGUUGAAAGGGCCAUGCUAGUUAAGACUAGACUAUGAUCCAGUAACACCUUUAAUCCAUGACUAGUUCCGGGAACGGAGGGGCGGCUGUGGCUACCCAUGAGGCAGUGGGUAGAGUUCUCCUGAACGCCUGAAAUUUAAAGCGGGACAAUUGGUCAGCUGCUGUAUUGAAAAUACGAGGAACAUGACAACAAACCAGAUAAAAAUUAUUUCAGGCAGCUAAACAAGUCAGUCUCCUAAUGAACCUCAUAAUAGUCAGCAUGGAUGAACGCUCUUUGUUUCUAAUAUGGCAAAUAGCUAGGUUGUCGGAAAGACAUUGUACUGAGCAACCAGCCCAUAAAUGGCAUCAUGCUAUAGCUGCAUCAAUGAUGGCAUAUACCUUGAAUAAGGCAGAGUUGCGGGAGAACCCUUCAAUAUCCUGCACCUCUUCUGGCCAACUAUCCCAGACUGGCUUCCAUGGCCACAGAAUCAAGGUGGAUACCCAGGAAGCUAAUCAAGGUGUCAGGACCUUCUGUCUUUUUGGGAGAGACUGGUAUACCUAAGGAAUGAUAUAACUGAAUGGCUUUGGUCAAAUCACUAGGGGGAGAGGAAUAGUUUUCAAUAAACAGAAAAUCAUCCAGAUUGUGGAUAACUGUAUGGCACCUGUACGUGUUCAAUAGAAGCCAAAACAAGGUCUCAGCAACCGUAUCGGAAAUUUUAGGGCUGCUUUUCGAACCUAAGGUGACUCUUGUGAAGAAAUAGUACAGCAGCCCUUUCCAUUUAAUACUGUGCAGAUGCCAGGUUGAAUGGGUAGUAAAUUGAAGAAGUUAAUAAUAUCUGUUUUACUGAGCCAGGCUCCAACCUCUGCUGUAAUAAUGGCGUCAAUAGCAUUAUCUAUUGUGGCAUACUGCAGUGAAAACUCCUCCGAUGGAAUUAAGGAGUUAAGGCUAGGGAUUCCUAAUGAGUGAGGUGCGGAGAGAUCUAUGGUCAAUCUCUGUUUAGCUGAGGACUUCCCAGUGACCAAACCUUUUGGGUCAGUCCUCCAGUUGGAGAACGGAGGCUCCUUGAACGGUCCUAAUAAAAACCCUUCCCCCAGUUCCUGUUGCAACAGUGUAUCAACCGUAUCAGUAUCUGCCAAAGCUGAUUGGAGGUUAUUGCAUUCCACAAUGCCUGCUGGAAUGUGAAUAAGACCAGUAUGGAAACCAUGUGUGAAGCCCUUAAUGAAGAAAUCAACCAAGUGUUUGGAAGGGUAAGAAGCUAAAUAGCCAGCUAGAGAGCCAACUUUCACCGAGGUCAGAUAAGGUUUAGAAUGCAUUUUAUUUGGGCACAUGGACUUCGCAUGUGCCCUAAAGCAGUGAGAACAUACAUGCAACAAGCGGCAGGCACUAUAGCUGCAGGUACCUUCAUUUAAUUUAUUGCACCCUGUGAUUUCCCUAAAUAUUGAAUAGAACGACCAAGCUUAUCCUUUACUGAUUUGUCAGACCUGGCUCUGGCUCCUGGGAAAGCCAUAGAAGGAGAGGUAUCAUGUAAGAUCAGACAGUAAUCUGUGGCAUACGCGGUGGAUGCACAGAUUGCAAAAGCUAGUGUCCUCAGUCCAGCGAAGUGCCUGCAAAACAGCUCAGUGUCCAUCUGGCUCCAAUCAGUUUUGAUGUUGAACUGAGCCAGAAUGGCAGAUGCCUUCACUGAAAAGGACCGGUGGUAAUCAUAAAAUUACAUACCACCGUAUUUAUUACCUAAGUCCACCAGCUGAUGCAAGUAGAGGUCCAGCUCCUCUCUCCUAUGAGAGUGUACAGAGCAUAUGACAUCCCUAUAAAUCCCAAAGUCAAUAACAAAAUCCGGGAUAGACAAUUUCUUACUUGGUACAGGGUCCCUAGACUUCAACACAACGGAGAUAUCCCCAUAUGCGUCCGUGCGAUUCUCCACUAUAUCCUGAGAGGAAAUCAGUAGUGAGACGAGAUUAAUGUUUUUGCCUUCCAGGAUAUCUUUCUUGAGAUUCGCAAGUACCAUAUGGGCCGGGUUGAUGACAUGGGUUCCUGAUCCUGAGGGUAUGUUAUUACCAGCUUGUAACUGUGGAGAACCAGGAAGUUCAGCAGCUGAGGGCCCAGAUAAUGCUAGGGGAAGGCUACGAGCCUCAAUUCUAUCCAGCCUAUCCCAUGAAGGCUACGAGUGAGGCCAUCAUGGUGUGGAGAUCCGAGUUGCCUGAACCACUCGUUCCUUCUCCUGCCCCUGUGUGGUCAUUAUUUGUCUGCUUGAGUCUAACAAGUUCCGCUUUCCUGGCCAUACAAAUAAAAUCACAAUUUGUUAUAAAAAUAAUUAUCAGCAUUGCCCGAGGGAGCCCAGUCUGCACAGCCCGAUGCCAUUUCGGUACAAUUCGAGGCAGGCAAAGCCCAAAACGAAAAUCCGGGCCUACUACACGCCAAACUGCCGCGGCCUAGAGUACUUGUGGGGCGGACCAUCUACAAACGAUGACCAUCUACAUGACCCCGACCCAUCCCACGAGGAGAUGGGGCGCAGAUCACAAAGACCACACCAAGGUACUGCCACAGCACAGCCUGAUAUAGGGGCACUGCUGCAGAAACAAACCCCAGCCAAAAUGGCACCCGACCAGGGCCCAGACCCCCCACAGGCAGACACCCCACCUGCACAAACCACUCAGGGGGACACACAGAGAUCCCCACAGCUCACACAGACCACAACCACCAAACCCAUACCCCCACACGGAACAGCAGACCCAGCCCCCAAGCAGGACCUGCAGCAGUUGCAAACUAUGCUGCAUUAUAUACAACACCUGCUGGCAGCAGACCGAGCAUGCAACAGAUCACAGAAGCAUGCAACAGAUGGAGCGUGCAACAGAUCACAGAAAAAGUGACCACCACUGAAAACCAAGUCAAAACAAUACAGGGAGAAGUCUCUACGCUACAAGACUCACUCCACCAGCUACAACAAGACCAGCAACGCUUAGCAAUACAACUGGUGGCGCAGGAGGAUAAAAACCGGCGCAACCACAUCAAAAUCAGAGGAAUCCCGGCAUCGGUGAGCAAAGAGGACCUACCGCAUUACGUGAGGCGACUCACACAAUCAUUACUCCCUCCUGCAGUAACAAAGAAACUCACCUUUGCAGGGAUUUACCGCCUACCCACACCUCCUAGAGCCGCCGCAACGCUAGCUGGAGAUGUCAUCAUCUGUUGCGUCCUACCCCAAGACAAGGGGCACAUCAUGAGCGCAAUCAGGGGUAAGACCCCGCUUGAUUUCGAGGAAACCCAACUGACUUUUUAUCAGGACUUAUCCAAGGCCACCCUCCAGUGGAGAAAGUCGCUUACAGAACUCACCAGCCACCUGCGUACAGCGGGGAUACCAUAUAGAUGGGGGAACCCCCGCUCUCUGCUCAUCACCCACCAGGGGACCACCCAUAAAAUCACCUCAGGGACUGAGGCCCCUACACUACUCACAAAAUUGGGCCUACAAAACUUGCCCAACCUGGGCACUCCCCACGUCUGGAAUCCAGAUGCCUCGGACACGUUUGUGCCGAGAAGGCAGAGAAUGGACAAGCAAGCCACCUGACGGACAGGGGGAGAGAGGUCUCUUAACCCUGCCUGGUCAACGGCGAUAUCCAUAUGUCUUGUUUAACACAACCUGUAUUCUCCCCACCCUCCGCGCAAUACAUUUUUGAUGUUGAAGUUCUUACCUGUUUACCGCAAGCUAGAGGAGUUAGCCGGCGAGGACGCUGGCGCGCUGCCGCAUUACCAGACCACAAGCCAUAGCCUAAGCCAAAACCUACCCCCCCGGCAGCCCCUAGGUUAGGGCUACCACCCCUCAUGAGUGGUCCCCAGCGGAACUAGACGACCAGGCCACUUCAGAAAGUAGAUGUGAACACGUGUACCACUCACCAGACUACUUGACCGACAAAACUACACCCAAUGCACCCCCACGGACCCUAGCACCACUCCGCACCUCCACGCAAAUACUUCCUAACACCAAUAGGGUCACGCCUUUGACACCAACCCAUGACCUAGGUACUGCACCCGCAGACGAGUAACACGACUAAACCCCUAUACGACCCAACCUCUACCUAGGAUUCUACGCAUGUUAUACUUAAUGAAAAAUUGUGCUAAAAUGUAUCAAAUGCAUUAUUUAUCAAAUGUUCAAACCUGUUACCUUGUCAAACGAUGCAUACGUUGCACCAUGUAUAAGUUUUGUGCACGCAAAAAUAAAGAAUUAAAAAAAAAAAUAAACUUACAAGAUUUAUGAGGGUACUUCACAGACACAGAAAGCUAUACUUCCAGCGGAAAAAGCCAUAAAACCUUGGCUAACAGUUAAAUCAACUGAGUAACCCUGUCAAUGCUGGCUAGAUCCUCCUAGGCAUAUAAUAUCCUAUUCUCAUGUAAUUUUCAAUUCAAAUAACAUUCAAACCAGCUCAUUAAUCAUUUCGUGGAACCAUCCAAUAAGAAUAAUCUACCAGAUUUUUACAAAAGCUGAAUUUAACUCUACCUAAGAUAUACGAUCUUAUUUCAGAGCAAAUCAAUACACAUGGAUCUUUGUCCUAACUUUUUAAAGGGAAAGAUUCUCUGUACGUCAUUAGUUGGUAGAACCAAUAUGAUACUGAAGGUGUGGUCAACCUGCAGUUCACAAUUUAGAUAUUUGAUCCAUAGAGGGCAGUCUCGCCUCAGUAAACCUUCCUAUCCAGGAAAGAGUUAACUUUUCCUGAUGACGAUUUUGACGUCAUUUGGCUUAUUUAAAAUGACUACCAUAACUUAAAUUUGCUGUCAGUUCAAAGCGUUUGUCUUUGUGGCAAUUAUUUUUUAAGAUUUAGAAAGUAAAAUUAAUUACUGAGUCUUCUCUGUCACUAGUGUCUGUGUUUAAAAUUAUUUAUAUUCCAUUAACAUUUAAACAGAGCAUCCCAUCCCCAUGCUUCAUUGCUUAUCACUUGGCUUGUUUACAUAAUGCAUUCCUUCGCUCAGGCUAGUUACAGAAAGGAAAGAAAUGUUGUGUCUGCCUUGCCUGAAAUCCAAAAUGGAGUCCGCUCUGUUCUGAGUGACUCUGGCAAUAUACACUUUUAAUUUCUAUCUUAGCACAAAAUGUCUGCCGAUAUAAAUAUCCUGACAAUUGCGUCUGUGAAGUUCCGCCGUGAUGCGGGGAAUGGUCUAUGACCUGAUAGAUGCAGGGCUACUGUUAUCGCCUUUACGAGUAGAUGAAAUGGACCUGACAGUACUGGAGAGAGAAAAAUCGUCUGCUUUUUCAGGGAUCUGAGACAUACUGUCAGGAUCCUGUCCUUACAAGCAAGACUUUUGUUAUGUAUAUCCUGUUCCUUUAUAAAAAUAAACAAAUUUCUACAUUGAUUUUGUUUUACCACUCUCUAGUUUGACCACUCACCUUCAUGCCAACCUGCCUGGACUAAUUUGGGUUCCUACAAAAGGUAAUGCCCAACUCACCACUUUGCCUUGACAUUGAAGUUGACGUUCAUACUGAAAAGACUUCCGAUCCUGGCUCCUGAAACAACCUUUGGCUUACGUUCAUUGCUUCCAACCUGAUUUGCUACAAACCCUGCUUCAUACCAACUUGGAUUGCCUGCAACUCUGCUUUAUCCUGUGUGACGAAGUGCCCUUCGCCACUUGGUACUGGAGAGGCCUGCUUGCCAGCCUCCUCCCCUGUGACUAUGACUCUUUGAUGUAUUUGCCUUUAAAGACAGACUACCUUCAGACAGACUAUUUAUGUAGGCUGCUUUAUUUAUCCUAUGUUUUAGUCACCCUGUACCCAUUAUAGGUGCAGGGUGUGUGUUAUGUAAUUGUUUACAGUGUGUGUGUGUGUACUGUGAAAUGUAUUGCCUUCUCUCCUGUACUGCUGAGGUUUGCUACCAACUAGGUGGGUUUGGCUAUGGAGCUUGUCUAGUGCCCUCUGUUGGUAGCAACAGCAAUAUGCACUACCUGAAUUGCAAGACUGGUUCAUUUGCAUAUUCGGGUAGAUUUGCAUAUUGCUAAUUCUGCAGGCAGGUGAGAUAUUUACUGUUAAAUAUUGUCUCCCCCCACCCCUUUAAAAAUGUGCCAUUGUGUUGUGAUAAGUCACUGUGUGUUUCUUGAUAUGGUUUGACUGUUUGUGAUUUUAUUGAGGUUUCACAACAAUGUUAUUGUGGUGACUGUAUUGGCUGGUCCCAAGGGAAUAAAGGUUUUGACAGUUCUUCUUGAUCCCUCUAAAUGUAGCCUUGUCUCGUUAUUGGAGGGAGCUGUUAUAAUCACACUGGGGAUUGCUAUGCUCUGCAUGCUCCCCUGAGCUUGAAUCACUUAGCUCUUUUAAGAGCUUGUUCCUGACACGCUCUCCUUGGAGGAGGGGUCUUCAUCACACAGUCCUGGAUGCUGGAGGUUCGUACAGGGUGGAAGGAAGAGUUCUUUCCCACACAGUCCUGGAGGACAGAAGCUGAUCCAGGGUGGAAGGAAGACGACGAGACUCCAGUCAAGAUACGGCAGUUGCGGAGUCUGCGGUGGUCGUAGUGUCUGCUGCAGCGCUUGGAGUCCUCAGGAAGCGCUAGGAGCAAUCGUCAACGGAGGGUACUCGGUCGGAGUACCGGGAGCUCCGUUACAUCCUGCCAAACUCUUUUACUUCCCACCCUGCUCCUUACCAACCCUACUUCAUAUCAUCCUGGAUUACUUUCAAUUCUGCUUUAUCCUGCCUACUUGGAUUAUACAAACCUGCAUAGCCCCUAUCUGGACAUUGCUGCUUACUCUUAUUUACAAGGUGUUUUUGUCUUACCCUGAAACCUUAUUUUAGUUAACUCUGGCAAUUGUCUCCUACCUGACCUGAUCAAGAGCAUGACACAUACUAAAAGGAAUAACAAGCAUAAAUCAGAAAACUGGUCAUUUUUCUGGCUGGCUAACUAGUGGCGAAACAAUUCACUAGGUUGAUGACAGGUGAGACCCUGCUAGUUGCCAAGCGGCUUAAGAUGCUCUAUCUAUGCGUUGGCGAGAGGGAUUCGUGGCCACCUGACUUCGUGGGGGGGGUGUUGGCCUCUCAGUGACUUUUAAAGCAGAAGACAGUUUGGGAGUGACAGGGGAGGCCCUCUCUAUGCAAUUGUGCGAGGUGACUAUGAUUUGGCCCGAGGGACAAAUUUUACCUCAAGCGUGGAGGCUGGGUGUUGGCCUCUUGGGACCACUGUAACAUGAGGCGAAGAGGCCAGAAAUGCUACUACUGGUGGCCCUCUAGACCCUAUCCACCCAGUUAACCUAAAAACCCAAGGGGGAUGAGGCGGGGAAGGGAACUCCAAUUAAAGAAGGUGUAGAGGGGAAGGAGAGGCCUAUACCUAGAAAUUAGUAUAUGUAUUAAAAAGUAUACAAGCCAAGGUACUGCUAAAUAUUGAAGCCCCUAAUAUCCCCACCUACUUACUGGAAUAGGAUUUGAGGUCCGAAGAGCAAAAUGCAGCCUUAAAUUGCAACCUUGAAUCUGUAAAAUAUGAUUAAUCAUGAUUCAUAAAUAUUUUUAAUCCUAUAAUGUGCAGAAAUUCAUAUGUAACAUCAUGGACAGUGGCCCCAGACAUAAUGUCUAUUGUAACCCAAUCAAUAUACCACUUUUUUAAUUAAAACCUAUUAGUAGCAUCACGAGCCUCAGUUCAAGGAACCACUUAUGCCGAAAUAAUGUAGGGGCAGAUAGAAGUUUAACAACCUUGCUAUCUGUCCCACAACUACUUAAGUGAACCAGUUAGGACAGAGGUAUAACAUUGUAUGCAUAAAACCAACUUUAAAAGUGAUUCUAAAACACACACAAAACAACGUAUUAAAGAUCUGUAUUCCAAUACCCCUGCAACAAUUUGCAGAAUGACAUGCCAGCACAGUUAUCACAGAAUUAUGCAAUUGAAACCAAAGCCACUAGGUGGCGAUAAAAUAACUUUAACUGAUCUGCCAGUGUCAAUCAAGGCUGAGCUAUUAUCAAAAUAUGUAGCGAUUAACUGAAAUUCGCCCAAUGCUGGUCUAAUCCACAAUUAAGUGAAUGAAUGUAUUAAACUAAUGAAAUGAAUGUGCUGAACGUGGCACCGUAUGAAAAGAAUGCAAACAGUAACUGCAAAUUAUGGAAAAUGAUUCCUGCCGUGAGCGACACGCAGCCGGUAGUGACACAGUGCAGGGGAACCAGGUAACUAUUUGUGUGUACCUUACCCUGGACAUGAAUAACAUGCUUUGUAGAGUGGGGAAUGGUACAGCAGCAUGGUGACAUCAGCCAUCACCCGUAUAACUUACGGUUUGAAGCCGGAAGCCAGGAACGUGGGGCAAAGAGGAUGCGUAGAGGGGACGCUUGGCCCAGACAGAUACUGGACUUGGUGGCCGGGGAUCUCGUGGCAGCCAGAGAAGAGGUUUCUGCGCUGUGAGACCGGCCGGUGACCUCCAGCAGCUGUGAACCGGAAGUUCAGGUAGAAGCGAACUGGAAGUGACCCUGGCCGUAACGCUGGAACUCAACGCAGAUCGUUAGGCCAAUUACGGUAGGGCAGGUAAGGGGUGCGUCCCUUAUAUAGGUCCCACAACUCCAGACAAAGCCUUGACUUUCCACAUCCUUUGUAUCUCCUUGUUCAGUCCUUGGUAGGUAUAUAUAUACUGGGACUAAUACUGCCUUCACGUUCAAAUAUUUAUAUGUAUAUAUAUAAAUAUUUGAACGUGAAGGCAGUAUUAGUCCCAGUUGUGACAGGAGCAUUCGGGGCUGUGACUCCUAAAUAGGGAGAUGGGUUGGGCAGAUUCCAGGUGGGACAUUUGAGACUUCUACCCAAAUUAGUGCAGUGCUGGGAACAGCUGUGCAGACCCCAGCAGACUCCAGAAAACCCGAGAGGUGAGAGGUGAGAAAGUCAAUUUUAUUUUUUUAUAUAAAAGGGUAUUUUGACAAAUUGCGCCUCGUCACGUGUUCUCGGAGGGGCCUGCUGGCCAGCCUCUUACCAAAAAACUAUGGGCCCUUUAAAAAAAAUAUGUGAAUAGACUUGGUUUGUGGGAGUUUACAUUUGGUUUGGGAACCGAACAGCCGCACGAACUGGAGACCACCCUGGAGCAUGUUAAGCCUAAUUGCUACUUUGUAGCAAUUUCCACCCCAGUGUUCUAAGUGUUCGUCUGGGUGGCCGCAAAUCCUAUAGACAACCACGAGUGCAGGCAGCGGGGUUUGGGCAUGAAUCUCAUGGAACUGAAAAUGGACACAGAAACUCCCAAACACCGCUGGACUUCCAGCAUCGCCUGUGUUCGGUUCCACAACACUUAGAAAAGCGCUGUUCAGUGGAAACGUUCUCACGAACAAGGGGAUCAAGCUCCAGGGUAAGAACAUUGACUAUGUUUGGUAGUUUGUUUGUUUUCAAACUACUGAACUAGACCGACCUCAAGCCCUGAUUCUCUGGAACUGUUUUCGGCAUGGGACUAUGCGGGCAGUCGGUCAAAAUUAGGACUUCCAGGAAAUUCCUGAACCCCUGAACUGAUCUGGGUAAUUUUUGGAUAUGUUGGUCACCCAGAUCAGGACUAUCAGGGGAUGUUACUUUUGUGGGGGUUUUAUGUAUUUUUAGGGUACUUUUGGGGUGUUUAGGAAAAAGUGUGUUUUUUCUGUGCUUGGAGAUAAUUGGAUUAGCUUAGUACAGUUCCUGAUCCAAUUACCUCUCAGGCACAGAUUUCUGAUUUUGUAUGGGAGUGUUCUGGACCUGAGAGCCAGUGUAAUUGUGUAUUUAUUUCUACUGUGGAUUACUCUCAGGUCCAGAGGGGGGGGUGCCCCUUUCAUGGGACUGUCAUAAAAGGCCAGUUGUAGCUACUAUUAAAUGGACAUUCGUUUUACCCUUCAUGAAGUGUAGGCUCAUGUUUGGGAGAUUGGAGAGCUAUAUUCACAAUAUGGGGAUUGCUAUAAUCACUUGUAUCACAAGUAUCCCUUGGAUCACAACACUUGCUCUUAUAAGAGCAGCCUGCUUCGCUCUCUGGACUAGGAGAGGUCUACCCACUGGAAGCAGGAUCCUGGCCUUGGGUCCAGGGUGGGUGGAGGACAGCAAGACAGCAACCAAGUUGCAGCAGUUUGUGGGGUUUAUGAUGCUCGCCCGUAGUAGGAAGCAGCGAUUGACGGCAGUCUGUCACAAGUAUGAUGUAAUUUUAUUGAUUCAACAUAGUAGAUCAAGUCAGGUACAGAUAAAGAGAUUUUAUUAUAGAAAUAGGCGUUCAUCAAAUAGUUCUUCCAUAUUGCAUACAAAUGUAAUAUUCUACGGCAUAUUCUCGAACUGAGGAACAUUGGUGGGUGGAGAGGAAGAGUAAAAUACUAAAUAAUGUUCAACUGGGUCAGGUUUCACCAGUCCCGGGUAAAAGAACUAAUAUAAAAACUACUAGAAGUGUAGUGUGACGGAAUAGCCCCAUCACUUUCGGCUCCUUUCACAGAAAUAGAUUCAUGUUUGUUUUCUUUUGUUUAUUUGGUUCAGCCCACGAACAAGGACCACCCCAGAAACCCAUUAGAAUGCUCCACUUGGUGGCCACCAUUUCGUGCAAGCGAACACACGUGGUCGGACAAUGGAUGGCGGCCAUCUUGUCUCCCGAAUGCAGGCAGCGGGACUUGGUCGUCGCGUGCCUGGAACUAAUUUCGGCCAGGCACUCCUGUGAACUCCGGUCGCCAUGGACCUACUGCCCGUUCAAGUUCCUCAACAUCUACACGAACGGUGUUCAGGAGAUACAUACUACCGAACAAGGGAAGCAUUCUACACUUAUCCUUUUUUGUAUAACUUAUGUGGUUUUCGUACACAACCCCAUGAACAGAGACCGGCUUUUGCCACUACUUCCCUGGAACUAUUUUGGGCUAAUGGAGCUGGACAAAAAUAACUUGCUUGUGGCGAACCCUGCCGUUCGUGCAGACGAAAGCGAACAGAUGAGGGAAAUUCAGGAAAGGUUGGCGCUGUUCGUCCCAAAUCCCUCUCUCAAAAUCAUCUUACGGAUUAUUACCGAUGUGAACACAAACGCCAGGGAACAAUGUGAAUUACAAGCACACCUACUGGAGGCGCAAUGAACUGCAAAGUCUUCCCCGAACAGUACAAGCUUCACACAAGAUCCACGAAAAGUAACCUUCAGUGCCUUCAAAGCAUUUGAUGAAUCCACGGGUGAGAUUGAUGGCUACCUAGCCGACUUCGAGCGGCAGUGUGCACUCCACAAAGUAGCGACGGAGGAAUGGGUCCCUAUAUAAGCUGGAAAAUUGUCUGGCAAGGCGGAGGAUGCCUUUAGGGCCAUUCCAGAGCACGAGGUGCAGAACACACACUGCCCCCCAUACACACACACUGCCCCCCAUACACCCAUACUGCACCCCAUACACCCAUACUGCCCCCAUACACCCACACUGCCCCCCAUACACACACACACUGCCCCCUAUACACCACUGCCCCCAUACACACGCCUGCCCCCAUACACACACUGCCCCCACAUACUGCACACUGCCCCCCAUACACACACCUGCCCCCCAUACACCCAUACUGCCCCCUAUGCACCCACAAUGCCCCCCAUACACACACACACUGCCCCCAUACACCCAUACUGCCCCCAUGCACCCACACUGCCCCCCAUGCACCCAUACCCCCCCCCACCCCCACCUAUACUGCUCCCCAUACACACACACUGCCCCUAUACACCCACACACUGCCCCCUAUACACACACUGCCCCUAGAGACCCAGACUACUCCCUCAUACACACACACACUGCCACCCUCUAUACUGCCACAUACACAUUAUUGCCCCCCCAUACACCCAUAUACUGCCCCCUACACACACUGCCCCCCUAUACACUGCCCCCAUGCACACACACACUGCCCCCUAUACACACACACUGCCCCCAUACACACACACUGCCCUCUAUACACCCAUACUGCCCCCAUACACACACACACUGCCCCCAUACACACACUGCCCUAUACACCCAUACUGCCCCCCAUGCACCCACACUGCCCCCAUACCCAUACUGCCCUCAUACACACAUUGCCCCCAUACUGCCUCCCUAUACACACAUAAUGCCACAGACAUCUGCCUCUAUACACCCAUACUGCUCCCCUAUACACACACACACACUGCCCCUAUACACACACACACUGCCCCCUAUACACACAUAUUACUGCCCCCCAUACACACACACUGCCCCCAUGCCCAUACACCCAUACUGCCCCCCAUACAUACACCCAUACUGCCCCCAUACACACACCCCACAUACUGCCCCCCCACACAUACUGCCUCCCAUACACACACACUGCCCCCUAUACACCCAAGCCUCUCAUACACCCAUAGCCCCCCCAUACACACACACUGCCCCCUGCUCCACAUACACACACUGCCCCCAUGCACUGCCCCCAUACACGCCAUCACUGCCUACACUGCCCCCAUACACCCAUACUGCCCCCAUACACACACACACUGCCCCCAUACACAUACUGCCCCAUACACACACACUGCCCCCCAUACACACACUGCCCCCAUACACUGCCCCUACACGCCCCCCAUACACUGCUCCCAUACACACACUGCCCCAUACACACACCCCCAUACACACACACUGCCCCCUAUCUGUCCCUAUACACACACACUGCACCAACAUUACUACUGCCCCCAUACUGCCCCCCAUAAUACACACACUGCCCCCAUACAUACACACACAUACUGCCCCAUAUACUACCCACACAUACUGCCCCCCCCAUACACACACACUGCCGCCCCAUAUACACACAUUGACCACACUCACACAAUACACUGCAAUACUCACACACACACACUGCAACUGUUACACACACAUACUGUCCCACACAUACACUGCAUCCCUGACAUACACUGCCGCUCUCACACACGCUCACACACUGUCCCCAUCACACACACACUGCACCCCUUACACAUUGCACCACUCAGAAACACUACUGCUCCUAUGCACUACUACAGCCCCAUUUCCCAGCAGACCUCAGGUAAGUUGUCAAACUGUUCUUAAACGGUUUGACUACUUACUCUGGGAGGGGGUCCCGGCACUAUAGACACCAUAACCACUACACUGAGCUGUUCAGCUCCUGGGAGGUCUGCUUAUUUCCAACUCCUAGUUCCUGGGAUCCGCAUAAGCUGAAUCAGGGUUCUGGUUUGUGGCUGCACAAACGCUGGUGCUCAACACCAGGGGGCGUACGGUUACCCUGCACCAGCACCUGACCUAUCCACUCUCACGCUAAAGACUCACACUUAUCAUCAGGCAUACUGGGUCCCGGUCCUCACUCCGCCGCCCAGUGUCUGGGUCCCGGGCACCGGAUCGCCACCCUGACACACAUAUAGUAUCCUCCUGGGCAGAAUUAGGAGGGAGACGAAGGGACACCGUUAAGUUGGGCAAAAAGAGACAGGUUUAAGAUUACUCCAGGAGGUGGUUAAUGAGCCCAAAAAUAUGUUUCCAAAAUGGUACAAUUUUUUACAUUGUCACCACAUUAGGUAGUACCUCUCGAGGCACAGCCCACUAUAUCACAGUGGUAAUCAGUCAGGGAAAAUAUGGUGUAAUCCCCAAUAUCAUCACACCACACAUUUGUAUCCAUUUUCCUAUAUGUUUGUUUAAAUAGGCACCCUGUAACAAUUCUUGAAAAUUCUCUUUCAGUCCUCAUCUUCAAUUAUCCAAGUCAUAAUCUCUUUCCCAGAGCCUUUGGAGAUUAGUUUUUCUUACUGUACCUGUGUUUUGUAGCAACACAUAGAUAUUAGAAAAUGCACCUUGCAUGAGUUUGAUAUAUGUAUAAUACUCGAAAGGAGUGCGUGGAGGCAAGGGAUCGGUUAAAAUCCUUGUCUCCAAGAAAUCCCCAAUUUUUAAAGUUGCCCAUUUCCUCAACAGACAUACCACAUGUUUUACUAAACAACUCUGCUCCGAUAGCCCGACAUGCCCAUUCAAAGUCAGACACUGAGGUAAGAGAAUGAGCAGUCCACCACUAGCCCUUUUCCACCCGGACAAUGAAAAGUAGGGUUGCCAACAAUAGGGUUAAUUCGAGAAUUGCUGUCUUGAAGGUCGUCUCUUUUCUAUAUUUGUAAGGAGGCUCUACAAGUUGCACAAGAGCAAGGUAGGUACAUUUUCUGGUGAACAAAUAGUGUUUUCAAUAUCCACUCUGUAAAUUGAGUCUGGAGGUGCCUUUCACUGCAAUGCUUGUGCAAACUGUGAAGCACCGCCCCAAAAAACUGAGAACAGGGAACCCCACUGUUUGCCUUUACCUGUACUGACGAUAAAGUGUUUGAAUUUGAGUUGAUCUAGAAGUCCAUCAUAUUGAAUAGUUUACAAUAUAUAUGCCGGUGAGAUUAAUUUCUUGCUCUCUCUUUCUCCAUCUUAUUAGGAUGAUGUCGCUUCUGUUUCUCCUUGUUGCUGUUGGUGUUUCUGCUGGGGUGGCUCAACCUUGCGUUGCCCCGAUAGGUGGUAAGUUAUUUUUGUUUCGGGGGCUCGUUAAUUAAUGUUUAAAUAGACCAAACUCCAUCAAAAUUCAAUACUUCUUGAUAACAGGUAAUUAAAAAUAAUACAAAUAUAUAACAGAGCAUGUCACACCGAGCACUUGAAAACUAUACACAGAGUUGUCAAUAUGUAAAGCAAGUUUGAUUUCCAUACUGUGAACCUGAAAGGUUUAAAUUCUUCUUUUCGACUAUCCUGUUUUCAUUAAAACUUCAUUUAAUUUAAUACACCAUACUAAUGACAUCUGUUACCAUAAAGGUCUUUGUUACAGGUUUGGUUUGAUUGGAUUUAUGACCAUUAGCAGUUGUUACAGAUUAAGUUUAAUUGAAUGAUUACCAUUAGCGGUUGUUACAGGUUUGGUUUGAUUGGAUGAUAACCAUUAGCGGUUGUUACAGGUUUGGUUUGAUUGGAUGAUAGCCAUUAGCAGUUGUUACAGGGUUGGUUUGAUUGGAUGAUAACCAUUAGCGGUUGUUACAGGUUUGGUUUGAUUGGAUAAUAACCAUUAGCAGUUGUUACAGGGUUGGUUUGAUUGGAUGAUAACCACUAGCUGUUAUUACAGGUUAGGUUUGAUUGGAUGAUAACCAUUAGCGGGAGUUACAGGUUAGGUUUGAUUGGAUGAUAACCAUUAGCGGUUGUUACAGGUUAGGUUUGAUUGGAUGAUAACCAUUAGCGGUUGUUACAGGUUAGGUUUGAUUGGAUGAUAACCAUUAGCGGUUGUUACAGGUUAGGUUUGAUUGGAUGAUAACCAUUAGCAGUUGUUACAGAUUAAGUUUAAUUGGAUGAUAACCAUUAGCGGUUGUUACAGGUUAGGUUUGAUUGGAUGAUAACCAUUAGCUGUUGUUACAGAUUAAGUUUAAUUGGAUGAUAACCAUUAUUGGUUGUUACAAGUUAGGUUUGAUUGGAUGAUAACCAUUAGCGGUUGUUACAGGUUAGGUUUGAUUGGAUGAUAACCAUUAUCUGUUGUUACAGAUUAAGUUUAAUUGGAUGAUAACCAUUAGCGGUUGUUACAGGUUAGGUUUGAUUGGAUGAUAACCAUUAGCUGUUGUUACAGAUUAAGUUUAAUUGGAUGAUAACCAUUAUUGGUUGUUACAAGUUAGGUUUGAUUGGAUGAUAACCAUUAGCGGUUGUUACAGGUUAGGUUUGAUUGGAUGAUAACCAUUAUCUGUUGUUACAGAUUAAGUUUAAUUGGAUGAUAACCAUUAGCGGUUGUUACAGGUUUGGUUUGAUUGGAUGAUAACCAUUAGCGGUUGAUACAGGUUCAGUUUGAUUGGAUGAUAACCAUUAGCGGUUGUUACAGGUUUAGUUUGAUUGGAUGAUAACCAUUAGCGGUUGUUACAGGUUAGGUUUGAUUGGAUGAUAACCAUUAGCGGUUGUUACAGGUUAGGUUUGAUUGGAUGAUAACCAUUAGCAGUUGUUACAGGUUUGGUUUGAUUGGAUGAUAACCAUUAGCGGUUGUUGCAAGUUAGGUUUGAUUGGAUGAUAACCAUUAGCAGUUGUUACAGGUUCGGUUUGAUUGGAUGAUAACCAUUAGCGGUUGUUACAGGUGUGGUUUGAUUGGAUGAUAACCAUUAGCGGUUGUUACAGGUUUGGUUUGAUUGGAUGAUAACCAUUAGCGGUUGUCACAGGUUUGGUUUGAUUGGAUGAUAAUCAUUAGUGGUUGUCACAGGUUCAGUUUGAUUGGAUGAUAACCAUUAGCGGUUGUUACAGGUUAGGUUUGAUUGGAUGAUAACCAUUAGCGGUUGUUACAGGUUUGGUUUGAUUGGAUGAUAACCAUUAGCGGUUGAUACAGGUUCAGUUUGAUUGGAUGAUAACCAUUAGCGGUUGUUACAGGUUAGGUUUGAUUGGAUGAUAACCAUUAGCGGUUGUUACAGGUUAGGUUUGAUUGGAUGAUAACCAUUAGCAGUUGUUACAGGUUUGGUUUGAUUGGAUGAUAACCAUUAGCGGUUGUUGCAAGUUAGGUUUGAUUGGAUGAUAACCAUUAGCAGUUGUUACAGGUUUGGUUUGAUUGGAUGAUAACCAUUAGCGGUUGAUACAGGUUCAGUUUGAUUGGAUGAUAACCAUUAGCGGUUGUUACAGGUUAGGUUUGAUUGGAUGAUAACCAUUAGCGGUUGUUACAGGUUAGGUUUGAUUGGAUGAUAACCAUUAGCAGUUGUUACAGGUUUGGUUUGAUUGGAUGAUAACCAUUAGCGGUUGUUGCAAGUUAGGUUUGAUUGGAUGAUAACCAUUAGCAGUUGUUACAGGUUCGGUUUGAUUGGAUGAUAACCAUUAGCGGUUGUUACAGGUGUGGUUUGAUUGGAUGAUAACCAUUAGCGGUUGUUACAGGUUUGGUUUGAUUGGAUGAUAACCAUUAGCGGUUGUCACAGGUUUGGUUUGAUUGGAUGAUAAUCAUUAGUGGUUGUCACAGGUUCGGUUUGAUUGGAUGAUAACCAUUAGCGGUUGUUACAGGUUCGGUUUGACUGGAUGAUAACCAUUAGCGGUUGUUACAGGUUCGGUUUGAUUGGAUGAUAACCAUUAACGGUUGUUACAGGUUCGGUUUGACUGGAUGAUAACCAUUAGCAGUUGUUACAGGUUUAGUUUGAUUGGAUGAUAACCAUUAGCGGUUGUUACAGGUUUGGUUUGAUUGGAUGAUAACCAUUAGCGGUUGUUACAGGUGUGGUUUGAUUGGAUGAUAACCAUUAGCGGUUGUUACAGGUUUGGUUUGAUUGGAUGAUAACCAUUAGCAGUUGUCACAGGUUUGGUUUGAUUGGAUGAUAAUCAUUAGCGGUUGUUACAGGUUUAGUUUGAUUGGAUGAUAACCAUUAAGGGUUGUUACAGGUUUGGUUUGAUGAUAACCAUUAGCGGUUGUUAUAGGUUAGGUUUGGUUUGAUUGGAUGAUAACCAUUAGCGGUUGUUACCGGUUUGGUUUGAUUGGAUGAUAACCUUUAGCAGUUGUCACAGGUUUGGUUUGAUUGGAUGAUAACCAUUAGCGGUUGUCACAGGUUUGGUUUGAUUGGAUGAUAACCAUUAGCAGUUGUUACAGGUUUGGUUUGAUUGGAUGAUAACCAUUAGCAGUUGUUACAGGUUUGGUUUGAUUGGAUGAUAACCAUUAGCAGUUGUUACAGGUUUGGUUUGAUUGGAUGAUAACCAUUAGCGGUUGUUACAGGUUUGGUUUGAUUGGAUGAUAACCAUUAGCAGUUGUUACAUGUUUAGUUUGAUUGGAUGAUAACCAUUAGCGGUUGUUACAGGUUUGGUUUGAUUGCCUCCAUGCACCUCCAGGUACUCCACUGUCCAGUCGCAGCCAAUGCAGCACUGACCAACACACACACUCACAGACACACAUACUCACUGACAGACACACACACACUCACCCACAGACAGACACACAAACUCAUGGACACACUCACUCACUCACAGACAGACACACACACACACAUUUAAACAUUCUUGCAAUCACAUCAUCAAUUUAUUGUUCCCUACCUUUGGGAGUUGGUGUGGGGAUCAUUUUCGGGCAGGGUAAGUGUUAGCAGAGUAGGCACUUGCAAUGUGGGGGAAGCAGGUGCCUACUCUGCUAUAACACCGAGCAUGUACUCGUGGCUCACCGGGCCGCAAAGAUGGUCCUUGUGGGCCGCAUGCGACCUGUGAGUUUGACAUGCUUGGUCCAGGACGUCGCACCAUGGCCACGCAGAUACCAAAACUACUACAUCAUACUACGUCAUUAAAAUAAACUUUUUGUGGCAUUACCUUUAUUUUAUUAAGAAAUUAAUUUUUUUGUAGGUUAAUAAAAUUGACAUAAUCGGUAAACUGUAAUCUCUAUAUUUCCAGUUCGGAAUCUGGCCAAGUAUGGCAAAGUUAGCCAGAGUUCAUCAUACAGUGCUACUUCCCAUCCUCAGCUCGCCAUUGAUGGGAAUAAGGAUAGCAUAUACAGCCAAGGCUCCUGCGCACACACAAAGAAGGAUAAUAAGCCCUGGUGGAGGCUGGAGAUGGACACAAGCGAGAGCAUAGGAGCUAUUUCAAUUACAAAUCGAAAGGACUGCUGUCAAGAACGACUAAAGGGGGCCCUCAUUACAGUCGGUGACUCACCAAAUCAUGAUAAUCCAGUGUAUGUUACUCACUUUCUGUCUUUUGUGAUCCUAUCUUGGAACUGCAUUGAAUUUAAAUUUCUGCAUUAAAGAGCGUUUGGUUUCUAGGGAUGUCAAGUCCUCAGCAGUGUGAAUCCAGGGCUAGUGCAAGUGUAAGCCAGGCCAGGUAGCCAAAGUAGGUCACCAUGGGUGUGGCAAAAAAACCUGCUAUUCUUUUCAGACUUUUAAUAAGGCAGAGUCGGCACUGGUGCAAUAAGUGUCUACUGUGCUAAACGUGGCAAGGGAGCUGUGAUUGCACUGGUCCUGCCUACAUGGCUCUCCUUUGUGUCUCCUGUUGUGAUGCCGGGCUGUAACAUCACUCUGGCCUGGAAAUCAGUACUGGACUAACCUGAGCAGUGAUCAAAAAAGCUCCCACUGGCCACCCAGGUGAGGAUCUGCUCCAGCUCUCCCAGGAUAAGCAAGAGGGGCUGGUUAGACGUCAUAAGAAAAGCAUGAAAUGAAAAUUGUGAUUGUGUGUGUAUUUGAUAUAUAUUUGUAUAUACAUUUUCUUAAAGGGUUGGGGGUGCUUCAGAUAUUUUGCUCUUACAGGCACAUUAGAAAUGAAUCCUGUCCUCUUUGAACGGCUCUAACAGACACACUGGGGCGGCCGCAGGGGGAGCUGUCUGUGCUGGCGGCCGCAGGGGGAGCUGUCUGUGCUGGCGGCCGCAGGGGGAGCUGUCUCUGCUGGCGGCCGCAGGGGGAAGCUGUCUCUGCUGGCGGCCGCAGGGGGAAGCUGUCUCUGCUGGCGGCCGCAGGGGGAAGCUGUCUCUGCUGGCGGCCGCAGGGGGAAGCUGUCUCUGCUGGCGGCCGCAGGGGGAAGCUGUCUCUGCUGGCGGCCGCAGGGGGAAGCUGUCUCUGCUGGCGGCCGCAGGGGGAAGCUGUCUCUGCUGGCGGCCGCAGGGGGGAGCUGUCUCUGAUGUCUCUGCCCCCCCUGCCCUUGCACGUUUCUCUACGUUUCUUAUUGAGACCGGGGCCGGAAUAUAAUGUCAUAUUCCGGCCCCAGUCUCUUUAAGCAGAGACAGCACAGCUCCCCCUGUGGCAGCCAGCGCACCCAGCUGUCUGCCUUGCCCGACCCCCUGGCCAGGUAGCAAUAAUGUUUGUCAGUCUGUGAGUGUUUGUGUGUGUGUCUUUCAUGGUGUGUGCGUGUCUGUCUGUCAUGGUGUGUGCAUGCCUGUCUGUGUCAUGGUCUGUCUGUGUCAUGGUGUGUGUGUGUGUGUCAUGUUGUAUGUCUGUCAUGGUAUAUGUGUGUCUGUCAUGGUGUUUAUGUUUCAGUGUCUGUCAUGGUGUAUGUGUGUGUUAAAAUAUAGUGUUUUUACUCACCUUUUUGUUUCCCCACUCCACGCUGGUCUCCCCUCGACUGGCUCUGCCUCUAUGGCUGAGAUCAUCAAGCCUGAUGAUCUCCGCCAAUCCAAUGCUUUGCCAUAGAAUUGGCUGCAAAACGCUACACCAAUCAGCAUCUCCUCAUAAAGAUGCAUUGAAUCAAUGUAUCUCUAUUGGGAACAUUCAGCGCCUCCAGAGCGUGGAGGCCCUGAAUGUAGGUGCUGCACUGACACAGGAAGCAUCUCUAGUAACCGUCUGAGUGACUGUCACUAGAGGUGUCACUAGGAAGCAAUGCAAACACUGCCUUUUCUCUAAAAAGUCAGUGUUUACAUUGAAAAGCCAACAGGGACAGGCUAUAGCCAACAGAACCACUACAUUAAGCUGUGUGUGCGUGUGUGCGUCUGCUAGUGAGUGCGCUUGCUUGUGUGUGUGUGUGUGUGUGUGCCUGCUAGUGAGUGAGCUUGUGUUUUUAUGUCAGUGAGCUUAUGUAUAUCAGUGAGGUUGUUUGUCUAUAAGGCUGUGUAUCAAUGAGCUUGUGUGUGUCAGUGAUGUUGUCUGCGUCUGCAUGUCAGUAUGCUUACUAUAUAAUUAAACGUUUUACUCUGAAAGGACCAAUAUUUUAUAUUAGAAAAAGCAAUAUAUAUUUGAUAUAUAUAUAUAUAUUAAUCAUCUGGGGUGGCAAGAUAUAGCCUUACAUAAUACAUGCGACAAUAUAUGGCACAAUGACUUAUGGGGCUGGCAUAGAUUUUUUUUUUUUCCAGGGCUGCUUCGUGGCCGCAGUCCGGUUCUGCUCAAAAUGCAAAACCUUUGCUCUGUCUCUGUAUGGAGCAAUACGAAAUAAAAUGUGCCAGUGUCACCACCACUCAAUGCUGGUGGAAGAGGGGGUGUCUGGCUGAGCCUUUACUUUAAACGUUAAAAUAAAGUUUUACAUACUACAGCCCUCCUAUCCUCAUUCUCUGCCCUUUUCUAAAAUAAUCAAAUCCUUAAAUUUGCCUGGUUAUUCUAUGAGAGAAUACAAUUCCAGUUGUUAGAGGAGAUACAUGGAUUAUUUGUGGGUUUGGAUGUUGGUUGCUGCCUUCAAGAUAUUGUUAGUUGUAAUACGGUCUGUUAAGUCAGUCACCCCCCCUACCCCCCACCCCCUCUAUAGGAUAGGUAAUACCGGGGGAAUUGGACAAAUCUUGGUGUGGAUAGUUUUGGAAUUUUAUAGGAUCACUCUGAGCACCAUAAAAACGUCAUUGAAAUAAAGUUGUUAUGGUGCAAGGAGGCGCCAGACACAGGCUUACCUCAGUGGUUAACUUACGGUCUAACCCCAAGGUCUUCAGUCUGGCACUCGUCAAGGCUGCCCCUUUACUGUUGUUGCAGGCCGAGUCUUGAAAGAAGAAACCUUAGACUGGGCACCACUGAUAAGCUAAGAGCGUCAUAUACAGUUACAAGAAAAAGUAUGUGAACCCUUUGGAAUGAUAUGGAUUUCUGCACAAAUUGGUCAUAAAAUGUGAUCUGAUCAUCUAAGUCACAACAAUAGACAAUCACAGUCUGCUUAAACUAAUAACACACAAAGAAUGAAAUGUUGCCAUGUUUUUAUUGAACACACCAUGUAAACAUUCACAGUGCAGGUGGAAAAAGUAUGUGAACCCUUGGAUUUAAUAACUGGUUGAACCUCCUUUGGCAGCAAUAACUUCAACCAAACGUUUCCUGUAGUUGCAGAUCAGACGUGCACAACGGUCAGGAGUAAUUCUUGACCAUUCCUCUUUACAGAACUGUUUCAGUUCAGCAAUAUUCUUGGGAUGUCUGGUGUGAAUCGCUUUCUUGAGGUCAUGCCACAGCAUCUCAAUUGGGUUGAGGUCAGGACUCUGACUGGGCCACUUCAGAAGGUGAAUUUUCUUCUGUUUAAGCCAUUCUGUUGUUGAUUUACUUGUCCUUUACUUGUCCUGUUGAAACCCCCAUCUUCUGUUGAGCUUCAACUGGUAGAAAGAUGGCCUUAAGUUCUUCUGCAAAAUGUCUUGAUAAACUUGGGAAUUCAUUUUUCCUUCAAUGAUAGCAAUCCGUCCAGGCCCUGACGCAGCAAAGCAGCCCCAAACCAUGAUGCCCCCACCACCAUACUUCACAGUUGGGAUGAGGUUUUGAUGUUUGUGUGCUCUGCCUUUUUUUUCGCCACACAUAGUGUUGUGUGUUUCUUCCAAACAACUCAACUUUGGUUUCAUCUGUCCACAGAAUAUUUUGCCAGUACUGCUGUGGAACAUCCAGGUGCUCUUGUGUAAACUGUAAACGUGCAGCAAUGUUUUGUUUGGACAGCAGUGGCUAACUCUGUGGUAUCCUCCCAUGAAAUCCAUUCUUGUUUAGUGUUUUACGUAUUGUAGAUUCACUAACAGGGAUGUUAGCAUUUGCCAGCGACUUUUGAAAGUCUUUAGCUGACACUCUAGGAUUCUUCUUCACCUCACUGAGCAGUCUGCGCUGUGCUCUUGCAGUCAUCUUUACAGGACGGCCACUCCUAGGGAGAGUAGCAGCAGUGCUGAACUUUCUUCAUUUAUAGACAAUUUAUCUUACCGUGGACUGAUGAUCAGCAAGGCUUUUGGAGAUACUUUUAUAACCCUUUCCAGCUUUAUGCACUCUCGUAGGUCUUCUGAGAGUUCUUUUGUGCGAGGCAUCAUUCACAUCAGGCAAUGUUUCUUGUGAAAAGCAAACCCAGAACUGGUGUAUGUUUUUUAUAGCCAACCAACACCUCCAAUCUCAUCUCAUCUCAUUGAUUGGACUCUAGUUGGCUGACAUCUCACUCCAAUUAGCUCUUGGACAUGACAGUCUAGGGGUUCACAUACUUUUUCCACCUGCCAUGUGAAUGUUUGCAUGGUGUGUUCAAUAAAAACAUGGCAACAUUUCAUACUUUGUAGUUUAAGCAGACUGUGAUUGUCUAUUGAUGAUCAGGUCACAUUUUAUGACCAAUUUGUGCAGAAAUCCAUAUCAUUCCAAACGGUUCACAUAAUUUUUCUUGCAACUGUAACACUGUCUGCCAAUCAGUAAUUCACCAUUCACAAAACAGAGUAAGAAAGGUACAGUGAAGGUAGCAGAGGUUACUGGCUCCAGCAACGUUCAGUAAGCCAGUGCCUGGGACCUUCUUGAAAAAUAAUGUCAUUUUGAUGAGGUUGUUAUUGUGCCCUGAGUGUCUCUAUAAUAACAUUUUGUUACCUUCGCAUUGGCAGAUGGAAUUAAUUGAUAGUGGAAGGCUGUUAUUAGCUUUUGUGUUCAUUGUUAUAAAGUACCGGGAGCCGGUGAUUUCUGUUUUCCUAUAGAGAAGUUGAAUUUGGUAAAUGUUUAUCAUACAUAAAGCAGGAUUCUGCUACUUAAAUGCCUCAUUUCUGUUUUCUCUGGGAUCUCCUUGUAAUAUGUUCUAACCUUUCCUUUUGUCCUCAGUUGUGCUGAGAUCACUGAUGUCACUCCAAACACGAUCACAGUAUGCUGUAACGGGAUGACAGGUCGGUUCGUCACGGUGAUUAAACCCAGUUCGGACUACAUGACACUUUGUGAAGUUCAAGUAUUUCGCUAUAUAAAGCAAGAAUCCCUCCCGCGCGAAGAAGAAGAAAUAAAGCCAGAGUCUUAUGAAUAAAAGACAAACGGCAAGAAAUAAAUGCACC